CGGCGUCCGCGCCGGGCCCAGAGCCGCAGCCGCAGCCGCCGCCACAGUCCGGGCCGGGCUCCACCGCGCAUCCCGCUCCACUCUGGCGACCGCCCCCGGGGUCCCCGCCGCGGGCGCGGCGCCCGCCAUGGGCGAGGAGGACUACUAUCUGGAGCUGUGCGAGCGGCCGGUGCAGUUCGAGAAGGCGAACCCUGUCAACUGCGUCUUCUUCGAUGAGGCCAACAAGCAGGUUUUUGCUGUUCGAUCUGGUGGAGCUACUGGUGUGGUAGUUAAAGGCCCAGAUGAUAGGAAUCCCAUCUCAUUUAGAAUGGAUGACAAAGGAGAAGUGAAGUGCAUUAAGUUUUCCUUAGAAAAUAAGAUAUUGGCUGUUCAGAGGACCUCAAAGACUGUGGAUUUUUGUAAUUUUAUCCCUGAUAAUUCCCAGCUGGAAUACACACAGGAGUGCAAGACUAAGAAUGCCAACAUUCUAGGAUUCUGCUGGACUAGUUCUACUGAAAUUGUCUUCAUAACAGAUCAAGGAAUCGAAUUUUACCAGGUAUUACCAGAGAAACGGAGUCUGAAACUCUUGAAGAGCCACAAUCUCAAUGUGAAUUGGUACAUGUACUGCCCCGAGAGCGCCGUGAUCUUGCUGUCUACCACGGUCCUGGAGAAUGUCCUGCAGCCUUUUCACUUUAGGGCUGGCACUAUGUCGAAGCUGCCCAAAUUUGAGAUUGAAUUACCAGCUGCGCCUAAGUCAACUAAACCCAGCCUUUCCGAAAGAGACAUCGCAAUGGCUACCAUAUACGGGCAGCUGUAUGUUCUCUUCUUGAGGCAUCAUUCUCGGACCUCCAACAGCACAGGAGCGGAGGUGGUCCUCUAUCAUCUACCACGAGAAGGUGCCUGUAAAAAGAUGCACAUAUUGAAGUUAAAUAGGACGGGAAAGUUUGCCCUGAACGUGGUGGACAACCUGGUAGUCGUGCAUCAUCAGGAUACAGAGACAUCAGUAAUAUUCGAUAUCAAGUUACGGGGAGAGUUUGACGGCUCCGUUACCUUCCACCACCCGGUGCUUCCUGCUCGAUCGAUCCAGCCCUAUCAGAUCCCCGUCGCAGGUCCUGCUGCCGUGACCAGCCAGUCUCCUGUUCCAUGUAAACUCUAUUCUUCAUCUUGGAUUGUCUUUCAACCUGACAUCAUUAUCAGUGCAAGCCAAGGUUACCUCUGGAACCUCCAAGUAAAACUUGAGCCCAUAGUAAAUCUCUUACCAGACAAAGGAAGACUCAUGGACUUUCUCCUCCAGAGAAAGGAAUGCAAGAUGGUCAUCCUGUCUGUCUGUUCACAGAUGUUAAGUGAGUCAGACAGAGCAUCGCUGCCCAUGAUAGCCACUGUUUUUGACAAACUCAACCAUGAGUAUAAAAAGUACCUGGAUGCCGAGCAGAGUUAUGCGAUGGCGGUGGAAGCAGGGCAGAGCCGAAGCAGCCCGCUCCUCAAGAGGCCGGUGCGGACCCAGGCGGUGCUGGACCAGUCAGAUGUGUACACCCAUGUCCUCUCAGCCUUCGUGGAAAAGAAGGAGAUGCCUCAUAAAUUUGUGAUAGCCGUGCUGAUGGAAUACAUUCGUUCUCUUAACCAGUUUCAGAUUGCAGUACAGCAUUACCUACAUGAACUUGUUAUCAAAACACUUGUCCAGCACAACCUCUUUUAUAUGCUGCAUCAGUUCCUGCAGUACCACGUCCUCAGCGACUCCAAACCUUUGGCUUGUCUGCUGUUAUCCCUAGAGAGUUUCUAUCCUCCUGCUCAUCAGCUAUCUCUGGACAUGCUGAAGCGACUUUCAACAGCAAAUGAUGAAAUAGUAGAAGUUCUCCUUUCCAAACACCAAGUGUUAGCUGCCUUAAGGUUUAUCCGGGGCAUUGGUGGCCAUGACAACAUUUCUGCACGAAAAUUUUUAGAUGCUGCAAAGCAGACUGAAGACAACAUGCUUUUCUAUACAAUAUUCCGGUUUUUUGAACAGCGAAACCAGCGUUUGCGAGGGAGCCCCAAUUUCACACCAGGUGAAGUGGCCAUAGAAGUAAAAGGAUCAAGGACAGUCUCGAGAUGAAGAGAGGCAGCAAGCACUUUGCUAAGAAACGGGAAAUCCAUAAGGGACAUAAAAAGCUGUUCUGCAGCACUGCUGGUGUGAGAGCUGGCUGCCAGAUGACGGACUCCUUCAUCUCAGUGGCAGGGAGGAGCUGCCCUGCCCGCUGACACUCAGAUCCAUUCAAGGACUGGCUCCAGGCCUUUGCGAAGCAGACAGAUCAGGCCUCCAGAAAAAACAUCAAC